AUGAGAGGAGUUGGAAUUGAAAGAAAUUCAAAUAGUUCAGAAGACGAUGAAUCUUCAAAUGAAUCAGAACAACAAAAUGGUUAUCAACAACUUCCAACCUCCUCUAAUAAUAAUACAAGUUGGAUUCCGACAACACAAAGAUUUGAUUUGCCUGAAGCUCCAUUCGUUGAACAUAUUAAAAUUGAGCAUCAACCAAAUGAUAUUUCAUUGGAUAAAGAUAAAAUUGAUCAAAUAAAAUCAAUAAUGACUAACAUAAAUGGGGCUUUAAUUGAAAAUAUUCCACAACAACCCGAAUGGUUAAAGAAUGUUGAUGACAAACAAUUAGGUGAAUUAAUUCGAGAACUUGCAAAAAAAUAA